AUGAAUAAAAGCAAUUGUAAAACCUCACUGGAAGACGAAAUAAAUGAUGUCAGCGUUGUCCUCGGUUCAGUUAUAUCAAGGCGUGAAAUGCUGGAGCAAUCAAAAACUGCAGCGAAAAUUUUAUUCCCUUCCUGUUGGAUAGCUGAGUUGGUUAUUUCAAAUCGACAUCAGCCAUCAAUCAAUUGUCCUUUAGAAGUACUUGUGCGCGAAAUCAGAAAUUCCUCCAAAGAAGAAAUUACCAUCAAAGAAGUGCCGUAUGAUUUUGUUAAGCAAUUAGCAUCUGUUAGUGAACAACAAAAGCCGUCGAAAUUUAAUUCAAAUAGUACAACUCAACAACUCAUAUCGUUUGAGUUGGACACAGGAAAUAAGCAUGGUGAACAUGUUGCUAAUUUUGUUAUGAUUUUGGAUUCCCUACCUAAGGGAUACGUUCACAAGGCUAAGUUAUUUAAAAGUCAGCUAUCGUCUACAAUAGGCAGAAUUAUUCGUCUAGAACAGUUGGAUGACGCUGCACCAAUGUCACCUGUAUUGAAAAGAAGAGAUCCUUGUUGCAGUCAAAGCACAGAAGCAUCAACAUGGAUUAAUCGACAGGAUAAAAUGAUGAUUUUAAAGCUUUGCGAGUCACUUUGGGAUGUGGAAACAGGCCGCUUGCAACAUAAAGUCUUUAGAUAUUUAAUGGAACGUACAAAUGCAGAAAAUGGUUUCAUUGUUAUGCGAAACGCAGAUACUUCGGAAUUGGUUUGUUAUUGUACUGGUGACGAAAUAUUUGAUGAAUCCACAUAUAUUGAACAUGAAAGCUUUUUUAACAAAAUAAUGCAAACGCGUGAAGUAUUUCGAAGUAAAACUCUUAAUUCAGAACAAAAGGAAGCUUUGCUUUCUGUGCUCACAAACAGUCAUCUACACAUGAAAAGUGAAAAUUGUACAAAUAAUUCAAGCACAAUUCUACAAAUUAAUUCAGUUCUAUGUAGCCCAAUUUAUUGUCGUUCUACUGAUAAACCAAUUGGAGUUCUUUGUUUAGUUAAUAAGAAAGGAGAAUCUCAGUUUACUCAAGAAGAUGUAUUUAUUAUCGAUGAAUGCUUCCGGUUUACUGCUCCCAUCCUACUCAGUUCUCUGGCGUAUCAAAAUGAACGGUAUAUAAGGGAUAAAACAGAGGAUAUGCUGAAAGUGGCUAGGAAUAUAUUCACCCAUAUGAUGGAUUUAACGAAUCUCCUCUUGAAAAUUAUGCAAGAAGCACAAAAUUUAACGAAAGCUGAAAGAUGUUCAGUAUUCCUACUCGAUUCAGAAACUGAUGUGCUAGUGGCAAAAGUUUUGGAUGGAUUACCGACUGCGCCGAAUAAAAAUACAACGUUUACCACAGCAGAGGGCAAAGUGGUUAUGUUGCCAGAAGAAAUUCGAUUGAGUUUAAAUCAAGGUAUUGCUGGAUAUGUUGCUACAACUGGUGAACUCCUCAAUAUUAAAGAUGCUUAUGCACAUCCUUUGUUCUAUCGGGGAGUGGAUGAAGAGACCGGAUUUCGUACACGAAACAUCUUAUGCUUUCCGAUUAAAAAUGAAAAAGAUGGUAUUGUUGGAGUUGCCCAGUUAUGCAAUAAAAUCAAUCAUCCAUUUUUCACUAAAGCUGAUGAAGAUGUGGCGAAAACAUUUUCAAUAUACUGCUGUAUUAGUAUUGUACAUUCAUUAAUGUACAAACAUGUACAAGAUGCUCAACAUCGUACCAAACUGGCAAAUGAAUUAAUGAUGUACCAUAUGAAGGUAGAGGAAGGCAAACGGGAUUGGUUAUCUACAUGUGAAAUCAAAGAUAUAAAUGCAUUUCUACCUAACACAAGUGCUUUCGACUCUCUACCUCGAAAUAUACAACCAGAAGAUGAAACAUUACUUUGUACAUUAAGCAUGUUUCAUGAUCUGGAUUUAAUUAGUCGUUGGCGAAUUUCACGACGUAAACUAGCUCAGUUCAUCUUGAUGGUUCAUCGUGGCUAUCGAGAUCCAGCAUAUCAUAAUUGGAUGCAUGCAUUUUCUGUUGCACAUUUUGUUUACGUUUGUAUUAAAAACUUACCCUUAGCAAAUAAUCAACUGGAGCAUAUUGAAAUUUUAGCAUUAUUUGUUGCAUCAUUAUGUCAUGAUAUUGAUCAUCGUGGAACAAAUAACAGUUUUCAGGUUCAGUCAAAAUCUGUCCUAGCAGCUUUGUACAGUUCAGAAGGAUCAGUUCUUGAACGACAUCAUUUUUCUCAAACUAUUUGUGUACUUAACACAGAAGGGUGCAAUAUUUUUGAAAAUGUUUCAAAAGAAGAAUACAGUCAACUCUUAGAUCUUAUUCGUGAUAUCAUACUUGCAACUGAUUUAUCUCAUCAUCUGCGUAUAAUGCCCAAAUUAGAAGAACUAUCUCAUCGAGGAUAUAAUGGGUCACAAGAGGAUCACUACCUUCUUUUAUGUCUUUUAAUGACAUCAGCUGAUCUAAGUGAUCAAACUAAAUCAUGGAGUAAUACAGUCUACGUGGCAAAAUUAAUAUACGAGGAAUUUUUCCAUCAAGGCGAUAUGGAGAAAUCAUUGGGUCAUAAUCCAGUCGACAGUAUGGAUAGAGAAAGAGCAUGUGUACCAAAUUUACAAAUAGCUUUCUUAGACUACAUAAUUACUCCAUUGUACAAGGUACUGAACAAUCUAUAUCCACAAUGCUCCGGUAUCUUAAAAACUAUAGAAAAUAACCGUAGCAAGUGGAAGAUAAUUCUUGACCUUGUUGAAAAGGGUGAAUUAAAAGGCAAUGGUUUAGAAAUUUUCAAGCAUAAUCUUGUAGAUAUAACGUCGAAAUUAUCACAAAAAAGCUGA